CAGUUGUUAAAAUCGAAUCAAAGCAAAUUUUAACAAUCAUAUUUAAUAAUGAAUUAUCACUAAUAAUGAUAUUUGCAGUGUAAAUAAAACUGAGUGGAAUAGUGGGUCGGAAUGGCGUAAAUUUCCUACAGUCAUCGAAAUCAUGAUUUCAUUCGUCAACAAUCUGCGUACUUAAAUCUCUCAAAGAUACAUGUAUAUCAUAUUACUUAAUAUUAAUUUAGAUAAAUAUAAACUAUAAAUAUUAGACACUUGAUAAUUCACAUACAGUAUGUUCAAGAUGUUGGGGAGGGCAUUCAUCUUGGUUGCCUUCUUGGCAAUAAACGUUCAAUCUGCUGACCAUAACACCUUUAAAAAUUGCUCAAGGGUAGAGUUUUGCAAUGAUUUACGGUACCGAACCCUUACUGAAAAACAAGUGUAUUCAGCCAUUUUGGAUAAUGUAACAAUAGAGGACGGAGUUGCUAAUAUUCCUCUAAAAAACGAAAAUGAAGAACUUACUUUAACUGUGACAGCUCUUGAGGGUGAGAAGUACAGAAUAAUAAUUAAAGAAAGCGGUUCUCAAAGAUAUCAAUUAUCGGAUGUUUUAAAAGAGGAGCCUAAGGCACUAAAGUUGGAAUCAAGUCAGGACGAUAGUCCCGCAUUAAUUUUAAGUGUAGCAGAUGCCAAAAGUAAAGUUGUAGUCAGCAACUCUCCAUUAUCCAUAAAAUUUUAUCUCGAUGAUGUUGAAAGUCUAAGCAUAAGUGGGUCUAAACUUAUCAUGUAUAAUAAUGAAUCUACAGAAUCAUUCGCAUUUUCAACGGAGUUUCCCCAAGCAAAACAAUUAUACGGUAUACACGAACAUGCGGAUAUCUUGGCGCUUAGGAAUACUAAAAACGGAGAUCCGUACCGUUUAAGAAAUUUGGAUGUAUCCGGUUACGAAAUCAAUUCUACGAUGUCUCUCUACGGCGCUAUUCCAGUUUUGUAUGGACAUGGUGUUACUCAUACUUCGGGAAUAUUUUUGCACAACGCCGCCGAACAAUGGUAUGAAAUAGAAGACAAUCAAGCGUAUAUAAUGGUCGAGAGUGCAUUGAUGGAUAUUUUCGUUCUUUUGGGUCCAAAACCCAAAGACGUUGUUCGACAAUACACCAGUCUGACGGGAGUUCAUCAUUUACCUCAGUUAUGGACUUUGGGAUACCAUCAGUGUCGAUGGAAUUAUGAUAAUCAGUCUGAUGUGAUGGAUGUUAUAGCUAAUAUGGACAAAAAUGAUUUUCCCAUGGACGCAAUGUGGCUUGAUAUUGAAUAUAGUAAUGGCAAAAGAUACUUCACAUGGAAUCCAGAAAACUUUACUAACCCUGCAGCAAUGUUAAAAAAUAUAUCGUCUACUAAUAGGAAAUUGGUGACAAUUAUUGACCCUCAUAUUUUCGCUGACAAUUCUUAUGAGGUCUACGAGGGAGCAAAGAAUAAAAGACUUUUUGUCAGAAAUGAUGAUGAUUCUGAUUUUAUAGGGGAAUGUUGGCCCGGUAAUAGUAGUUACAUGGACUUUUUAAAUCCUGAGGCAAGGGCUUACUACGCAAAAAGUUAUUCAAAUGAUAGUUUUUGGUUUAAUGACGACACUUUAGCUGGAAUUUGGAAUGACAUGAAUGAACCGUCAGUUUUUGAUAAUAGUCUAGAAAAAACCAUGCCUGGAAACGCAAUACAUUACGAUAAAAACGGAACAUUGGUUAAGCAUAGAGAUAUACAUAAUAUUUAUGGUUUAUUGCACACAAUGUCAACUCACGAUGGCUUAAUGAAGAGAGAUAAUAAUACGAAACGUCCGUUCAUUUUAACAAGAUCACAUUUUGCUGGAACUCAGAGAUACGCGGCUAUAUGGACAGGCGAUAACCAGAUCGGAUGGGAUUACCUUAGGGUCAGUUACUCAGAAUGUUUGAAUGCUAAUAUUUUGGGUAUUGCCUUCUGUGGUGCUGAUAUAGGUGGAUUUGAAGGGAAUAACCUUACUAAGGAGCUGUUAAGAAGAUGGUAUCAAGCUGCUGCUUGGACUCCAUUUUUCAGAGAACACUCUACAUUGGGUUCAGCUCGUCGUGAACCUUACCUGUGGGAUGAAACUACACAGAGCAUAAUCAGAGAUGCAAUGAAAUUAAGAUAUAAACAUCUGCCUGUUUGGUAUACACUAUUUUAUGAACAUACUCGCAAUGGAGAUCCAGUCCUACGGCCCCUUUUCUAACAUUACCCAGAGGACGACAAAGUGUUUUCAAUUGAUGAUCAACUACUUGUGGGUAACGAUAUAUUGGUAAGAGCAAUUUAUGAACCAGGGGUUAAAGAAGUAAACGUUUACUUCCCUGGAGGGGAAGAUCAAGUAUGGUAUUCAAUAAAUAGUAAUGCGUUUUACAAAGGCACUGGAAGUCAGACCAUUAAAGUGGAUGACUACUCUAUACCCAUCUAUUAUAGAGGAGGCAGUAUAAUAGCUAGAAAAGAUAUGGAAAGAAGAUCAUCAGCCGAAAUGGUUGACGACUGCUACACCAUAUACAUCAAUUUGGACAAAAAUGGCCAAGCAAGUGGAAACAUUUAUGUUGAUGAUUAUACAAGUUUCGAAUACGAGAAUAAAAACUACACAUACAAAGAAAUUUCAUAUAAUAAGGCAGAUGAUUUUAUUUCCGUCAAAGCUAUCGAUGAUGAUGCCACCCAAGCAUUUGACAUAUUCAUAUGUAGAGUUGUUGUUAAUGAUGCUUAUUCUAAUUCGGCAGGAAAAUAUACUACUAAAGUACGGGGGCUUACGGUUGGAGAAACGAAAAGUUCAUAGUCAAGUUAAAAUAGAUUUAAAAUUUAAAAUAAAAUAUAUUUAUAAUUCAAUGUUUUAAUUAAAUAAUAAUAAA